GAACGCCUUUAUUAUGCGCUUAUAUGAUGUGCCUUGGAUAUCUCAUGAAGGUGGAAAUAUUUUUUCAUUGGACAUCCACCCAAACGGAAGCAAAUUAGCCACGGCUGGUCAAGAUGGAGGAGGUGCAGGUCUUUUAAUUGUUUGGGAUCUUGAUUUUCUCAAUGCAUCGAUUGAUGAAACAACUGAAGUUAUGCCUGCUUAUAAUAAUCAUCCAAUGGCUAGAAUACCUCAUUCAAGCAGUAUAAACUGUGUCCGUUGGACUCGUGAUCCUUCCUCUAAACGUCUGGUUUGUGGAGGUGAUGAUCCUGUUCUUUGUAUUUAUGAAUGUACUGGAGUCUUCACAAGUAUGGGAUCAAUUGAUCAACCUUCUUCGUCUACAACUUUGCCUUCUGAACAACAAGAAAUUUUACGAAAAGUGGAAAAUUAUAGAUGUACACAUAAAUUAUUUGGUCAUACUUUGGACGUUUUACAUUUGGAUUGGUCUCCAGAUGGAAAAUAUUUGGCUUCUUGUUCACUUGAUAAUUCAAUGUUUUUUUACUUUUUAAAAUUAUUUUUCCAAUUUUUUAGAAUAAUUUGGAAUGCUCGUAAAUUGCCUGAAAAACUCACAACGUUAAAACAAUCGGGAGGAGGUCAUUCACGAGGCGUCAAGGGUUUGGCUUGGGAUCCUGUUGGACGCUUUUUAGCUACACAAGCAGAGGACAAUACUCUAAAAAUUUGGCAAACUGAUAGUUGGACCUGUGUACAUACAUUCUCUGAACCUUUUGCCGAAUCAGCAAUUUCAACACUUUUUUGCCGAAUGGAUUGGUCUCCAGAUGGUUGUUUUCUAGUUGCUCCUUGUGCAAUGAAUAAUGGAGGGCCAACAGCCAAACUUUUUAUGCGUAAAGAUUGGUCUUAUUCAAGGGAUUUGGUUGGAUUUAGAAAAGCUGUUUGUGCUGUGAGAGCAAAUCCUCACUGUUUUCAACGUUCAAAUUAUUCUGGAACAAAUUCCAAUUUUGCUUGUUUUGCAAUAGGCAGUCGUGAUCGCUCAAUUUCUAUUUGGUUAAUGCCCAAUUUUGCUCGUCCACUUGUUGUUGUUGAAAAAGUUUUUAAAGAUUCUGUUGUUGAUUUGUCAUGGUGUGACUUAACUUUGGCAGCUUCUUCUAAAGAUGGAGUUGUUCGAAUUUUAAAAUUUUCUGAUAAUGAAAUUGGCAAUAUGCUCUCAACACAAGAAACGGCAUCAAUAAUUGAAAAACUUUAUGGAAUUAAACAACACAAUGCAUCUGAUGAACAUUUAAAUAACAAUGAUGAUAGUUUUUCUUCUACUAAUGGAAUCCAAAAUAUUGCAUUUCCUUCUUCCUCAGAUUUUGGUUAUACUUCAAUUUGUGAAUCUCUUGCUCGUCGAACUGCUGAAACAACAAUAAAUAGUGAGGAAGAAUUGUUUAAAGUUGCGUUUGGUCGUGAACCUCCAAAAAGACGUGUUUCAAUGGAAAUGUUGAAAAAAUUUAACGGCAUUGAACAACAAAACCAUUCAAUACCUCCUAAUGGCUCUGAAAAGUCUCAUCCUUGUCAAAAUGGUGAAGCUAAUGGAAUAAACAACACAAAAAUUAACUCUGACAGACGUUUAUUCAAAAGAGCAGAGAAUUUCAAGGAAAGAAGAAAAAUAUUUGAAUUGCCGGAACGGAAGCGACUGUUAAUUGCAAGGAUUGAAAAGGAUUCUCCCAUAAAUUAUGUUGAAGUGAUAAACAAUUACCCUCUAAAAUCUUAUAUUGAACCUAGAAUUGCCAGAUUAUGUGGAUAUAAUAGAAGAAAAGGAGUUGAAGAAGAAGAACAUCAACCAAACUGGACAUGGUUUUCCCGACGACAUAUUUCACUUCUUGUAGCGAAUCGAAUUUGGACAGCUAUAGCAACUUCUGAUGCCCAUUUUCUAACAUUUUCAACACAAACUGGACGCCUUAUUUUUGAUGUUUGCCUUAAAGAACAAGCUUCAUUUUUUCAACAUUUAAAUUUGGAAAAUUUAUUAAUUGGUGGAUGUGGUGGAAUUAUAAGUGUUUGGAAUAUACCUCAAAGAAAACAAGAAAUGCAACAAUCAAUUGCCCCUCUUUUUACUUUUCAGAAUCAACAAUUAAUUAGUGCAAUACUUUUACCUCAAACAAAUAAUGGAAAUAAUGGUGCUAAAGAAACAUUUGCAGGAAUUGAUUUGAAAUUUAGUGAUUUGAAUGUUUACAGAUAUUUGCCAAAUUCUAAUGGAUGGUAACGAUUUUUGAAAACUUUUUUUGGUUUCUAUAAGGGGUUCUUGUGAGGGGGUAUUUUGGUUAAAAAAGGUAUUG